UACUCACUCCAUUUGCAAACGACACUGCUAAUAAUUUGCAGAAUCUACUCUCUCCCCAAUCUCUCCGCCACGCUCGUAUCUGUAGUCCCUUGCAUUUCUUCACCAAUUUUUCUUAAUUUGAUCUUGUUUGCUUGUUUCUCUUCUUUUUAAUUUUAUUAGAUGCUAAAUUGCUUGUUGUCAACGAUCACAAUCUCUUGUCUACUUUUGAGCUAACGGACGCUAACCAUACUAUAUUUUGGUUAAAAUUGAGAAGAUUUUGAGAACAAUCUGUAAAGGACGAAAAUGGAAGGCACGGUGUUCAGCCCUGCAUUGGAAGGAAUGCAGCAUGUUAAGUCGGAAGAUGGAAUAAUGCUAACUAAGCCAUUCUUGGAUGUGUGCAAGCUUAUUUUACCUGUGAUCGAAAAAUUUGGAGCUGCUAUGGCAAUUGUCAAAUCUGACAUCGGAGGCAAUAUAACUAGACUAGAGAACAAAUAUUUGUCAAAUCCAACAAAGUAUAUCCAUCUAUUCACUAUGGUGCAAGAAGAAGUUGAUGCUAAGACUGCUAAAGGCUCGUAUAGUUGCACCAAUGGCCUCCUGUGGUUGACAAGGGCAAUGGAUUUCUUGGUAGAGUUAUUUCGGAAUUUGAUUCAUCAUCAAGACUGGUCUAUGUCUCAGGCAUGUAGUGAGGCCUAUGGGAAGACCCUGAAAAAGUGGCAUGGUUGGCUGGCUAGUUCAAGUUUUUCUCUUGCUAUGAAGCUCGCUCCUGAUAGGAAAAAGUUCUUGGACGUCGUUGCUGGGGAUGGCGAUGCUAAUAGUGAUAUUGAGAAAUUUUGCACCACUUUCUCACCAUUUCUUGAGGAGAACCACAAAUUCUUGGCUAGCGUUGGCUUGGAUGAUCUAAAGGCAUCUUAGACUUGGAUGAUGUGUGACGAAAAUUAUCACCUGCGGCAAUUAUUUACUAUAUUGCUAUACGAAUGCUGAUAAAUGAAACAUAAAAUAUUACUACGUCUUAAUGCAUAUGUAAUGUAACAUUAAGUUAUGUAUUCCUACAUGGUUUCGUUUAUCUGAAAAGUUAGUUUAAUGUGAAAAUAUUGUCUUUCA